AGACAACUGCAGCCGGAAGCGCUGCGACACACAGGAAACUGCUGUUACAUCUGGGAGAGGAAUGGAUGUCAAGUUUACUCACAGAACUCUCGCAUGAUUAUUAUCGUUAUUGAAAAAUAAAGUCAACACACUCCCGUUUCCGGUCCGCUUCAUUUGAUAAAGACCCGGCAACAAAGAUGCUCAUUAAAGUAAAGACACUCACGGGCAAAGAGAUCGAGAUCGACAUAGAGCCCACAGACAAGGUGGAGCGGAUUAAAGAAAGGGUGGAGGAGAAAGAAGGGAUCCCGCCACAGCAGCAGAGGUUGAUCUACAGUGGAAAACAGAUGAACGAUGAGAAAACUGCAGCAGACUAUAAAAUCCAGGGAGGCUCUGUUCUCCAUCUGGUACUCGCUCUGCGAGGAGGACGGACCCCCCUCCCUCCGGGAAGCCGACACUCAAAGACUGCGUUGUAGCCGCACACCCCGGGGGGGGAUGUGUGUUGUGGAGUCGCCUGUCGGUAUCCUAGGCAACGCAGAGCCCUUUGAUGAAUGAGUCAGAAUAAAACAAAGCCUCGGCCAAAGGUUUGGAACCGAGAGUUAAUUUGGCGGAGUUCAGGCCGUUCUCCGACUCUUUCUGCGGCUCCCCCUGUAAGCGUCAGGUCUGCGUUCCACUGAUGACGAAAACAGAGAGAAUCGUAGCUUAGAGACAAUUUGGGGGGAAGCCAUCCUUGGGUUACAGCUUUUGCAUUCACAAACUGACACAAACGAACCACCUUUUGUUUUAUUCAUUUUUCUGCAAGUUGCCACUAGGUAUCAUCAAAUCUGAGGCCCCAGGGUGCAUCCGCGUAGUAAAAGGGGGGGAUUUUGUCUCACGAAGCACCCAUUUGUGAGAGAUCACAGAUUCCAGAAUACGAGAGAGUUUGCUUUACACUUUACACUGUCAAUUCAGUUCUUUAUACGUUCAUAUGAAUUUGAUUUGUAAAGUGCAAUUUGUAUUUUUUGCUGAUUGUACAUUUAAUUUUUUAACAAAAAGACCAGGACUGUAGUUUACAUGGAUGUUGUUAGGCUUGUUUGUGUGUUUAGAGGAGCAGCAUUAGUUUUGGGAUCGCUGUGUGAGCACUGUACGCCUCCCCCCCCCCCCCCCAGUGUGUACAGAACGGUGUGAAAUACAUUUAUGCUGACGACUA